AUGGGCACGAAGGCCCUCUUCGACAGCAUCGACGGCGACGGCAGCGGCGAGAUCUCGCGGGAGGAGCUCGGCGAGGCCAUGCGGACCAUCGGCGUCCACGUGAAGGCGACCGACGUCGACGCGCUCAUGGACCAGAUCGACGCCGACGGCAGCGGCGCCGUCGACAUGGACGAGUUC